AUGAAGUUACGAAGCAUUUCCUUGAUAGCUGCCAUUUGCUUAGUAGCAUCAGCUGUCGCUAACCCCAUCCCAAAAGAGGAAAAGCGUGUGGCUGAACCCAGCAAUGAAAAACGUGAACCCAAGCCCAAACCCGCCCAUAACAAGCGUGCUCCUAAAAAUAGUAUGAAAUUUCGAUCUC